AGCAAAGAGCUCUCAUAGCAGAUGCUGCACGUGCCCUGGACAAAGCAAAAAUGAUGCGCUUUGAUGAGAAAAGUAGCAACUUCUAUUGUACAGAAAUUGGUCGAAUUGCAAGCCACUUUUAUGUUCAAUGCUCGAGUGUUGAAACAUACAAUGAAGUGUUGAGACGCCACAUGAAUGAGACUGAGUUUCUGAGAGUGAAUCCAGAAGCAGGACUCUUCUUCUUUGAUUCUAGUUAUCUCCCUGUGCCCUUGCACAGCAGUAUAUCGGUAUUAGUGAGCAGAAUUUUACAGAACUGCAGAAUGGUAUAUGCUACAAGAAGGUUGUUGAAUCACUCGGGCAAGGUUAACAUGCAAUGGUAUUCCUUCAUUCUCGAAAGGACACACCAAAAACAGCUCAGAAAUUGGGAGGUGAAGAUGAUUUUAUGGCAUCAAGCCAACAGUUGGACUAACAUCAUCGAGCUUUCCUUGCUUUUUCCUGGGGAUGUAUCUGUACUUGCCAGAGAGAAUGAUGCUCCUUGCUGUGAGUAUGGCAACAAACUAGAAUGGAGGCCUAGUCUUGAUUUAGUUCUCGGUGGAGGCGGCAUCAGAGAAGGACAUAGAGGCUGUUGGGUUUCCAAAUUUUUUAUUUUGUAAUUAUAUUUAAUUUUGUUAUUUGUGUUCAUAAUUUUUAUU